AUGAGUCCUCAAGUAAAAGGGAUUCAUGGUGCCUCUAGUUUGUUACUGAGCGAGUCGUACAUUCAAGAUGUGCAAGCACCACACAUGUAUCGUAUAUCGAGAACUACGACGGAUCAUAUAAGAAGAUAUACUAUUACACCCUCUGGGCAAUGUGAAACUUUUUUGACAAUCAAGAAUGUACCUCGUCCCAGAUCCCUACCAUUAUUCGGAACAAAACUUGAUUUUUUCCUUGCUGGCAGAGGAACAAGGUUGCAUGAAUACAUCGAUGCUAGACACAAAUUACAUGGAUCUAUAUUUUGUGAAAAAUUGAAUGGAAAUACAGAUUUGGUAUUCAUUAGUGAUGCUGCACUAAUGAAAACGCUUUUCUUGAAUCGCGAGGGAAAGUAUCCUGCGCAUAUACUGCCUGACCCAUGGGUUUUGUAUGAAAAAUUGUACGGAUUUAAAAGAGGUCUCUUCUUCAUGGAUGGUGAAGAAUGGCUGAAUAAUCGCCGCAUUAUGAACAAACAUUUACUUCGUGAAAAUACAGAAUCUUGGCUUGAAAGUCCUAUUAAGCAAACCGUUGAUAAUUUUAUUUCAAAAUUGAAAGGACGCGCUGCAAAUUGUGGCAUCGUAUUGGAAAUAGAAUCAGAUCUUUAUAAAUUGUCUACAGACGUUAUAAUAAAAGUGCUCCUUGGGACUAAUUCGUCCAUUUUUGAGAGUAAGCAUUACGAAGAGCUUGUAGCUAUUUUCUCAAAUGCUGUAAAAAAAAUAUUUCAAACAACAACAAAAUUACACGGUCUGCCUUUAAAUUUGUGCCAACGGUUAAAUUUAAAAGUGUGGACUGAUUUUAAAGAAUCUGUUGAUAUUUCUAUUUUUUUGGCUCAAAAGAUUGUUAAUGAAAUACUUGUUGGUAGGCAUGAAACCAAUGGAUUAAUAAAAAAGCUCAGUGAUGAAAAUAUGGAUGAUGAGACAAUACGAAAAAUUGCCGCGGAUUUUAUUAUUGCUGCUGGAGACACGACCGCAUACACUACACUGUGGACCCUCUUAAUGCUGUUUGAAAAUAGUGAAGUUUUAAAUGAACUAAGAAGAAAAGAUGAUUUAUAUGUGAAAUGUGUAAUAAAAGAAUCGAUGAGAUUGUAUCCAGUUGCGCCAUUUUUAACCAGAAUUUUACCAAAAGAUUGUUUUUUAGGACCUUAUAAAUUCAAACAAGGGAAAGAUAAUAUCAAAGAAAAGUCACUAAAUACGCCAAUUGUAGCUUCCAUAUACACGUCAGGUCGUGAUGAGCAAAAUUUUAGUAAUGCUAAUAUGUUUUUGCCGUAUCGCUGGGACAGAAAUGACCCAAGAAAAGAAAACUUAACUAACCAUGUUCCUUCAGCAUCUUUGCCUUUUGCCCUUGGAGCUAGAUCAUGUAUAGGCAAAAAAAUUGCUAUUACACAACUUACGGAAGUAAUACAACAGGUUAGCAAUAAUUUCGAGUUCAAAUUUAACAAUAGCAAAAAUAUUAGACCUAUUACUUCUCAGGUGUUGGUUCCAAAUAAACAAAUUGAACUAUGUCUAACUCUGAGGAAUUAUAACGAAAAGGAAUAA